AUGGGUCCUAAUCACGACCAAUUCGAGGAGCGCUUGGCGUUCGCUCAACAAAUACUUGGGGACAGCUUCACAGACAUUACUAUUAUCACGCCGCUUGGGUACAGCCCAGAGAGCCCGUUCAAGAGCAACAACUUCGUCUACCGCAUUGAUUUACCGCAUCCGCUCACCGAAGGGCAAAUCGUGACUAAAGCCCUCCGAUAUUCUUGCCGUCAAGUUCCCGUUGGGACGCGGCAACCCGUCCUACGUCUUUCCAAUGCUCUGUCCGAAACCAUGCAUGCUUUCAACCGAACGGAGAACGAGGUCGGUAUGAUUACCCUUGCGUCCGCAGCUCUGAAGGACACCAAUCAUCAUUCCAUCGUCCCGGACGUUUACGAUUGGGGCACCGUCGCUGCUGGAUCAUCAUUUGGGUAUAUCCUCCAACAAUGCAUGGGCGGUAUCACGGUUGAUAAAUAUCUUGAAAGCUCUCCUGUGAACGCGAGCAGGGACAAGCUCUUUGCGCAAACGGCAGAGAUCAUCAACGCAUUCCAACUUUACGAGCUCCCGGAUGGGAUCACCGGCUACGGAGGCGUCACCUUCGAUGCCAAUGGCAGACUCAUUAGCGGCCAAUUCCCCUCGCUCGGAGAUGGUCCGUGGCCUACCUUUGAGGAAUACUUCCUUGCUGAAUUCCGUAUUGCGUUGAAGCUGGCGGAUGACAACAAAUACAUCCAAGGCUGGCACGCCAGUGGCGUACGAGACAAAAUUGACAAAUUCGUAGCCGAGCGCAUCCCUCUUGCAUUCACGGGCCUGAGCUCUAGAGCCGAAAAAUGCAUAACUCAUGCGGAUUUCUCACCGACCAACAUCCUUGUGGACCCAACCAAUGCCAGCAUCACAGGCCUGCUCGAUUAUGAUUUCUCCGGCAUCAUGCAUCCGAUGUAUGAAUUCCUGCGGUCUUUCGAUGGUCUCGGAGGCCGAUUAGAAGGUUGGGCUCUUGAAAAAAGCGAGGCUGGCGAUCAGCUCCGCCACUCCAAACUUCAUGGUUUCCCUUCACCUCUCCCAGCGGAUGUUGACGAUGGUGUGAUGUGGUCGUAUGCGAAGCUCUGGGAAGAAAAGCUUGAAGCUCUUGACGUCAAGAGGCCGCGGGUCAUCGAGGGCAUCGAAGGAGUCACAUUGGUUGAUGAUGUCUUGAGUAUGAUAUUACCUUCGAGGCUGUCGAAUACAGACGUGUGGCGUAUACAGUCCGAGGAGGUCAAGUUGCAGCACAGGGCGGAUUGUGAACGUAAACUUAUGGCUCUUCUUCAGCAUAUUAACUAA